AUGGGGCGAGGAUUUAAUGGCUUCGGCAUGAAGGCCAGCGAUGCACAACCCAAGAUUUCAGCUCUGGGGCUGGCCGACUGCCCAUGCGCAGAACAGGUCACGGAGCUUCCCUCCUCCGCGCCAGGGGUCUCUCUGUUAAAGGGCGCAGGGCACGGCGGGCCGACAUGCGUCACAAACAAAUCAGACAACAAAGAAAGAACGGAUUACGCGGCCGAUUUUUUUUUCCGAAUAUCCCCCUCAACGACAACAGAAGUCCGCCCCCAAAUGAUCGUAUUUUCGGCCUCCCCGCCCAUCCGCGCCCAGGACGGGCCAGACGUCGCCGCUCCCCGAAGCGCCUGCCAGCACCGCGCCCCCCAUCCCGCCCCGCCCCACCGAGCCCGGGACGGUGCCGCCCAGGAGGUGCUGCGCCUGAGGCGCGGCGAGGCAAGGGCCCCUGAAUCGGUCCGCGCCUCAUCAGGGGGCGUUUUGAAGGGCUGCAAGAUGGAGCAGCAUGGCAACAAGACGACGUUCAACAUGGAGAACGUGCUGCGGCAGAACAUCAUCAACUCGGAGUACUUCAGGGACACGUGCAUGAAGCUGGGCAGCUGGGAGGAGAUAGUGGACGAGAUCUACUACAACGUGGACCACGUCGAGCCGUGGAUGAGCGGCAACGCGCGGGGCGCCUCCACGGCCUUCUGCCUGCUGUACCGCCUGUUCAUGAUGAAGCUGACCGUCCGGCAGGUCAAGGAGCUGAUAAUGCACAACGACUCGGUUUACAUAAGAGCGAUUGGCUUCCUGUACCUGCGCUAUGUGGGCGACCCCAAGACACUGUGGAGCUGGUACGAGCCGCAUCUCGAGGAUGAUCAGGAGAUGAAGCCCAGUCCUUUGGGGAGUGCCAUCACCUUGGGCGACUUUGUGAUCGAUAUCUUUUUAGGUCAGGUGGCCCUGCUUGUGAGUGGCAUGCCUGAGACCGGCCGCAGACACGGUGUCAUGCGUCGCCAUUGUUGUGGCUGUGUGAAAGCGUGCUUCCCUUCCCGCCGCACAGACGGCGACAGUAGAUCCAAGGAAGGCAAAUAA